UUGUGAAUGUUCUUGAAGGCCCGACACGGGCCGACAGUAUAGCAGAUGUGUGAGAAUCUGAGAGACACACAGGCCGGGGCCAUUGUAAAGGCAAGGAGGGAGGAAGUGAUGUCUAAGCAGCAAGAAAGCAAGGGGCUAACAAGAGUGAUCAAGAUCCGGAUGUGGACCUUCAACAGAAGGGAGGAAUUUGGGAGAGGAGAACAUCGACCAUAUCUCUGUGUCAUCUCCAAUCUUCUCCGUUCGUCUUCAAUCGUAGUUACCAUCUUUUGCAUGCAUGGCUCCUCUCGGGGAGAGGGGGGGGAGGAGGAGAAGAAGGAGGAGGAGGAGAAGGAGCAGGAGGAGGAGGAGGAGAAGGAGCAGGAGCAGGAGAAGGAGAAGGAGGAGGAGAAAGAGAAGGAGAAGGAGGAGGAGAAGGAGCAGGAGGAGGAGGAAGAGGAGGAGGAGGAGGAAGGGAUUGCAUAGAUGGCUCCUCUGGGCCAUGAUGACUAUUAUCGCCGCAAUGACUAGGUGGCCGAAUACCCAUUUCCGUAAUCAAUGCAAUCUCAAGUC